AUGGCGGGCAUAUUCAAGAACGUGUUUGGCUCUCAAGCCAAACCAGAUGAUGACUUCGCCGAUUUCGUCGAAGCUCCCAACCCAUCACCCGCGUCCCUCCUCGCCGACUCGACCACCGUUCCGGCGGUCAACACCCUCACCCCCAAUGCCGUUCCCUAUACGGCCUGGUACAGAGUGUGGGAGAGGACAUCCCCCAGCGACUUCAAGCAGGAGGCGAUGAUCAUGCCGGUCAUUCUUGUGAUUGUCCUCUUCCACCUGUGGGGAGGGCGCAAGAACAGACAGCGGGCGAAGGCCUGGGCACAGGCUCACACUCCUUCCCUUCAGAAGGAGUUUGCUGUCGUCGGAUUUGAUGGUAUUUCCCGCCAGGCUCCCGAAGGUGUCACCGCCGAACUGGCGAAUCCCGAGUCCGUGCUGAAGGAGAAGUCGGCAUCUGAGUUCGCGGCGUAUGCAACUGGUCGUCAGAAUGUGGCUUUCCUUGAUGUCUCGAUCAAGAUGCCUAAGCGGUACAACCCCAUCACCUACGUUAUGGAGUAUGGUCUUAGCUUCUUCUUCGAGAGCUGGGAGCCGCCCGUUGAGAAAUACGAGGCUCUGCUUUACGCUUUCGAUGGAAAAGAGAAGGACCUGGUUCCUGUACUUUCUAGGGAUACCGCUCCUGUCAAGGUUCCUAGCUCUACCUACGAUGGAUUCAUCUGGGCUGUCGUGCACAAGAGCCACAUGCGCAAGUUCCGUAACGAUCGCUACGAUGCCUCUAUCACCUUCUCCAAGGAUAACCCGAAGCUGCCCUCGUGGGUGACUGUGAUGACCGAGAGUGCUGAGAUUAGCGACACCCUCCUCACCCCGGAAUUGAUCCAAGCCAUCGAGCAGGCUGGCAAUGACUUCGAGUACCUGAUUGUGACCGAUCAGCCGGUCGACCGCCCCACCAAGAUUGAGGAGACAACUCCCAAGAAGCGCAUUGAGCUCUCUGCCAACCUCGCCUCCUCUGCCGCCGGCUACAACUCCACUCUCCCCCUGUUCAACCAGUUCUUGCGCUUGUCCGACAAGCUUGUGGCCUCCGCUCACUUCCGCGCCGAGGUGAUUCGCAAGGUCCGCAAUGUCCGUGAGGAAGAGAUCAAGAAGCUGCGCCGUGUCGAGGAGGAAGAGAAGGCCGAGGAGCGCCGCAUUGCCGCUGAGAAGAUCAAGAAGGAAGAGCGUGAGCGUCUUCUGCGUGGUAUGAGCGCCGACGAGCAGCGCAAGUUCCUUGACCGUGAAGCUCAGAAGGAUCAGCGCCGUAACAUGAAGCGGAGUACCCGUAAGGGCUAG